AUGGCCUUCUGCAAAGUCUCCAUGGGUAAACUGAAGACCGUUGCUUCUCCCUUCCGUCAACACAGCUUAGCGGGAGUUUCUCGCAGCACCACAAUUUUGGUGGCCUAUCUGAUGACGGUAACCCACUUUGGCUGGAAAGAAUGUUUGGCCGCUGCCAAAGCUGUCCGUUCCUAUGUGAGCCCCAACUUUGGGUUUCAGAAACAACUUCAGGAGUACGAAACUACGUUGCUGCAGGAGUACCGAACGUGGGUCCAGAUGGAGUAUGGCAAGAACCCCCUCCCUGACCAAGAGGAGCUACGGCGGUUGCUGUCCCCCAAAGAAGAGAAAGUGAAUGAGCCACCAGCAGGACUCGGAGAAUCCAAAUGGAACGGGGCUCCCAGCCCAGGCGACCACCAGCCGAUAGGGUGACAGCAACACCAGCAGCCACCACCAAGGAACCAACCGAGGAGCAUUUGGAAAGAACCUUUUCGGCUUCUUCUUCUGAUCGAUAUGAAGAUCGAUAUGUUGCCUUCCUUUCUGGUCUUUCCUUGAAUGUGUUCAGACUCCUUGUGGGUUGGGCUGCGACAGUGGACUUCUCCAGAGGUCAACCUAAGUGCCUCUUGCCUGUCCAUUUGUAGGCUGCCCGUGUCUAGAAGAAGAAAAAUUGGGGGUCAUUUAAACAGUUUCAAGGAGAUGGGGGUGCAGUUAUCCCAAGUGUUUUGUUGGCUGAGAAGACGCAAAAUAUUUUGGAAAUUCUUGAGGGAUGUUCUCAAAAGUGACAUGGAAGAACACUUGAUUUGAACAGGUGACUAUGGUUGACAGGAGCAUCCAUCUUGGGAAACAGGUGAUUUUUUAAAAAAAAAUUAGUAAUAAUCCUUAGAAUUGGGAGUAAUUUCAGCUUUUGAGAAGCAGGUUUUAUUAGGUUCGCUUCGAUUGUUGUUUGAAUUAGUGCCCCAAAUUAGAUGCGCUGUGAUGGGAACAAUUACUAAGAUAAAGCCACCAAUGAACUUAAAUAAUGCAAAUCAAUAUGAUGUUUACAUGAACAACAAUAAUACCCAACAAUAUAAGACUGCCA